AGGGUAAAUAAGAUAAGGUGAGCAAACCUUACGAGACUAUUUAUACAUCAAAGAAGAGGAAACGCAACUUCUAGUCAACCAGAAGAAGUCGCGAUGGCUGGUCUAACAACACUUCUUCCCGAUGUUGCCAGAGUCGUACCCAAAGUGUUGUUCUCUUGGUACGACUACAUCCUUUUUUGCGUCAUGUUGGGUCUAAGUGCCRUGAUCGGGAUUUACUUCGGGUGCUUUGGCAGCAAGCAAAAAUCAGCAGAUGAGUAUUUGAUGGGGAACAAGAAGAUGAAAGUGUUCCCGAUUUCGGUUUCYCUGAUUGCCAGCCACAUUUCUGGGAUCACUCUCUUGGCCGUACCMGCUGACAUUUACCGCUACGGAGCCUCUUAUUGGCUCCUGCUUAUUGCAGCAAUCUUUGUCACAUUCGCAACAAUUUACGUCUAUCUCCCWGUCUUCUACAAACUACAAAUUACCAGCACUUACGAGUACUUGGAACGAAGAUUUGACAACCGAAACCGGAUGUUAGCGUCGUUUCUUUUCGCCCUAGGCCUGUUUUUGUACUUACCAAUUGUUAUUUACAUCCCGGCUUUAGCAUUAUCAGCCGCUACUGGAAUCAACAUCCAUUUUAUAACUCCSGUAGUCUGCGGAGUUUGCAUUUUUUACACCACUCUCGGUGGUUUGAAAGCAGUGGUUUGGACUGACACUCUGCAGUUUACUGUCACAACAGGGGCUAUUAUCACGGUUUUUGUUAUCGGGGUCAAGGCAGGGGGCGGCUUUGGGGCCAUUUGGUCCAAAGCCCUGGAAGGACAUCGACUGGAUAUUUUCGAUUUUGACCCGGACCCAACCAAACGCGACUCUUUCUGGAUUACAUCAGUUGGUAUGUCUAUAGGGUGGCUCUCCAUGGCGGGGAUUCAUCAAAGUUGUGUCCAGAAGUUCCUCUCCGUGUCCACAUUCCAGGAAUCAAAACGAUGCGUUAUCUAUUUCAUGAUUGGUAUAAGCAUCGUGUCGUCAUUUAGUGUCUUCAUUGGACUCAUGAUGUACGCACGCUACGCCCACUGUGAUCCGUUUACGACCGGAACUGUGCAGAAAAACGACCAACUUUUGCCCUACUAUGUCAUGGACGUCGCAUCUUAUGUUCCGGGACUUUCCGGACUUUUCAUCGCUGGGAUUUUCUGUGCCGCUUUGAGUACCCUAUCUGCCUGUCUCAAUUGUUUAGCAGGAACCAUGUAUGAAGAUUUCAUUUCGAAAAUAAUUGGACACGUGGAGGAGAGAACCACGACUUAUAUUUUGAAACUAUUGGUGGUUAUAACCGGAGUUUUGUGUACGGCCUUGGUGUUUGUUAUUGAGCAUCUUGGAGGGAUUCUCCCUUUGGCUAUAAGUCUAGGAGGGGUUACAUCAGGGCCUUUGUUGGGCAUGUUCACACUUGGGAUUUUGUUCCCGAAAGCUUCAAGUAAAGGUUGUUUUUAUGGAUCAAUUAUUGCAUUAUUAUUUGCGUCAUGGAUUGUCAUGAUGUCUCAGUAUUACAAAGCACAAGGGAGCAUAGUUGAUGUGCCAAAACCGACGUCAGUGGAUGGUUGUCUAGCUAACAUUACAACAGUUUCUCCUUUUACCACACUUAAUUCCACUUUAUCAUCGUUUGACACCGAAAACUCCACUAUAAGUCACUUAUUGAGCAAUCUCACACAAAUUACCCAAGAUGGAGAAAAACCGAAACCAUUUUUCUUAUUCAGAGUAUCGAAUUACUACUACACUACAAUAGGCGCUUCUGUUACAAUAAUUUGUGGGUUAUUGAUAAGUUAUAUAUUAGAAAAUGACGAUCCACCCGUACAUCGCGAUUUUAUAAGCCCGGUAGUUCAUUUUGCCCUUCCAAACGACGACGACAUUGAAAAAGAAAAAGACAAGGAUUAUUACAGUGUGGAAAAAGCGUUACAUCUUGUUACAACCAACUGGGAAAAAAACGAAGACGACAUGGAAAAAAUUAAAUCAUGAAUUUUGUAUCAAAUAAACUGUUAUACAGUAAAA